UGAACUCUAGUCUUGAGCUUUCGAUAUGUUAUCUCUUCAAUAUUAAGAGUCUAUGUAGGUUUUUAUGUCUAUUGACCGAAUUUAACCUAAAAAUUCAACUAUGAGAUUUUUAUUUUUCUUAAAAUAUGUCAUCAAAAUUAAAGUUAUAUCUAGGUAGAAAAGUAAUAGAUUCGCUUCAUAAAACUACGAGGAUCAGUCCACUAGAACUUCAACAUUUAAUUCAAAUCGGAAAUACUAACGGAAAUGAUAAAAUAGAGCUUAGUUUACCGGUUAAUAUAUUAGAAGCCCAAUUGGGAGUUACGAAUGUAACGGAAAUAUUGAAAAUAGAACCUGACGAUAUAAUCAAGAAUAUUCAACUCGUAAGAGAUCGUGCCAAUAGAAAGAUCGCGUUUGAGAUAGACCGAUACAUAUUCGUUAAAGAUGUCAUGGAAAAUUGCUCUUUACCCGAUCUCAAUUUUAAACCCAGAAACGUAUUAGUUGAAUACAGCUCGCCGAAUAUUGCAAAACCUUUUCAUUUCGGACAUUUAAGAUCCACAAUCAUAGGAAACUUUAUAGGAAAUUUAAACGAUUUUCUUAGGAACAAAGUAACGAAAUUGAAUUAUUUAGGUAACUGGGGCACACAAUACGGUUUCAUAAAACUAGGGGUGAACGAUUUGAAAUAUAGUCUUCAGGAUAUUGAAAAAAAUCCCCUACAAUUACUGUAUCAGUGUUACGUGCACGCUAAUAAGUUAGCUGAGAAUAAUCCACGUUACACGGAGGAAGCCAAAAAGAUAUUUGCAGAAUUAGAAGGUGGAUCAGAAGAAGAAAUAAACAAUUGGCAACAAUUCAUGGAAUUUUCCAAAUUGGAUUUAAUCGAAACAUACAAAAGGUUGGGUAUAACAUUUGAUGUAUACAAUUUUGAAUCAGACUAUAAAGCUCAACAAAUCAAAGACGUUCUAACUGUAUUGAGGAAAAAAAAUAUCAUACAUAAAGAUAAAGACGGCAAAGAAACUGCUCUAAUAGGUGACCGUAACGUUACGGUUGUGAAAAGUGAUGGAACAACUUUAUAUUUAACAAGAGAUAUCGCCGCAGCAUUGGACAGAUUCAAAAAAUACAAUUUUGAUAAAAUGUAUUACGUAGUGGACAGCAGUCAGAGCGAUCAUUUUCACGCUCUAAAAAAUAUUUUAUAUAAAAUGGAUUUACCUUGGGCAAAUAGAAUUACUCACGUUAAAUUUGGUAGGAUAUUAGGUAUGAGUACUAGGAAAGGAAGUGCAAUUUUUUUAAAAGACAUUUUAGACGAAUGCCGUGAUCGCAUGAUCAAAAAACAAAUUGAAUCACCAACUACCAAAGCCCCGAUCGAAAAUGGUCAUGCAGCAGAUAUUUUAGGAGUUUCUUGUAUUAUUAUAAACGAUUUGAAAAGAAGAAGGCAAAAAGAUUAUGAAUUUGUUUGGGAUCAAGCUUUGCAGGCACAAGGUGAUACUGGUAUAAAACUUCAAUACGCACAUUGCCGUUUAUACAACUUGGAAGAUAAUACGGGAAUAGUUCCUGCUAAGGAGUGCGUUCCAGAAAUUUUACUAGAACCCGAAGCAGUGGCACUAACAAAACAACUCGCAAAAUUCCACGAUAUUUUGUACAAUGCCAACGAACAAUUGGAAGCUUAUAUUUUAGUUAAUUACCUCUUUCAAUUGUGUAACCAGAUCAACAAAGCGUUUAAGACGUUGCAAGUGAAAGGGCAGAGCGUGGAAAUAGCCUCUCAAAGAUUACUGCUCUUCAAAACUGCCAGAGAAGUUUUAGGUAACGGAAUGACUAUUCUAGGUCUUCGGCCGUUGAAGAAGAUGUGAUUUUAUUUAUUUUUUUUUUUUUUUCAAAUAAAUAUUUGGAAAAAAUAUACC